CUGUUGCAGCGCUCAGUGGAGCAUCCCCCCCAACACACACAGACACACUUUUGUGCACACGUGUAUAUGCAUUUGCGGACUCGUACUUGACCAAGCAAGAGGAGAGAAAAAAAAAAAAAGAGUCUUUUUGUGAAGGCAAAGAAGAGGAGCGUGUUGUUCUCCGGAUCAAGCCCCCAGCUGAGAAUGGAGAACACAUCAAGAGAAGACAAAGACAGCUUUGGGGGGGGAGAUGAUGCUGAGUAAACUUUGCAGAUGUUUCUAGAGGGAAUUUUUAACCUUUGGACUUUCGGGGAAGGCUUGCAGAAGAGCACGCUGACGGAAAAGGUGAGAACUGGAGGGGAGUUUCUGCUUUAUUGUGACUCUUUCAAAAUAAAGACGGUAAAUUCUUUGAAGGCUGGACAUCGGACAGAGGGCCCUGCCAGAAGCAUGGCACCGGUCCUUCCUCCCUGCUGCCAUCUUUUCUUCCUCUUUUGCCUCUCUUUCCUAAUUACCCAGCCUGCCCUGACUCAGGAUCCAUCUGUCACCAUGGUAACGGCAACUGAGGACAGCCCCUUCAUAGUCCCGUCCACACUGGUGAACCAGACGACUCCCAGCUAUGUGGAGACAACCCAGAACCCCCUUCAAGACACUGGCUUGUCCACUCCCUCCAGUGGGGGGGAUGCAGACGACGAGGAUGGCCCCCCUGUUGGCGGGACGCGUUGCCAGGGCUACUACGACGUGAUGGGCCAGUGGGACCCACCCUUCAACUGCAACGCCGGUGUCUUUCUGUACUGCUGCGGUACCUGCUUCUAUCGCUUCUGCUGCCAGUUCCGCCAGCAGCGACUGGACCAGAGCAUCUGCUCCAACUAUGACACGCCCAUCUGGGCCAACACUGGCAAGCCCGUGGCCACUAUCACCGAGGGCCAGGGGGACCAGGAGCGAGACCGCACGCACCUCAUCGUCUACAUCAUCUGCGGCGUGGUGGCCAUCAUGGUGCUGGUGGGCAUUUUCACCAAGUUGGGCCUGGAGAAAAGUCGUGGAGGGGCAACCGGGGCGCCACAUCCUGACCUCAACUCCAGACUUUUAUAUCAUGUGUUGCCACCCAGGACACUGACUGACCUUCUAAAGCAACAGGGAGGAGAGGUGAGCACAGUGGAAAAUGCUGUGACCAGUUCGCCCAAUGGAGGGAGAGCUAACGGCGUCUCAGCCAGGAUGCAUCGCAGCAGGAGCGAGCAGUACCAUCUAAAUAACUCUGCGCACGGCCAAUUUGGACCAGGCCUUCCUCACUCUCACAGCAACCACAGCACAGUGGGACUCAACAAGUACACCUCCCUCAAAGCCGUGGCGGACAGUGCAUCUCACCCCUACUACAAGAGCUUCCCACUCAUGGACUUUGCCCACUAUCAGACGCCUCCAGCAUUCCACCCGGUGCCAGUCCAGCCCAAAGAGAAGUCCUACAUCCACCAGCACCUUCCAUCACAACCCAACCUCCAUGCUCCUCUUUCCAUCUCCAUACCCCCCAACCACCUGGAACACUCCCACCUCCCAAAGACAACCACACACCCACUGCUCUCCAGCUCCGCCUUCAAAGCCUGGGAGCCCACCGGUCGCCACGUCCAAAGGCAGAUCUCUGCCCCGGGGUCUGCAUCCAUGCACGCCUCCCACUGGAGACACGGCUACACAACCCGUCAGCAACAAAGCAUUGAGAACAUGCCGGAUCUUUUUAAUCAACCCUAUGGAGGAAUGUGUGCGGGAGGUAUGGCAGGGCACGGGGCACAUUUCCAAGUGCAACACCCAUCUCAAGCACCACACUACCACCACACCAGGCAAAAGAGCUACUCCACCCACAGUACGACUGAAGUGACUGUCUGAGCACCACGGCUACUGAGAGUGGCCUAAUGCACAGUUACACAUACUUUGGUGUCAACACCAGAGUUUGGGAUACGCUCAAGAAAGGUGAAAAGGGUGCAGAAAAAAUGUAAGAGGAAAACAGAGAUCGUGGAUGAUGGUGAUCGUGGUUUUAAAGUUAUUGUACUUUGUAGAAAUUGUAUAGACUAGCUGGGAGCACCAUAAUACGGUCUACAUUCAGAGAUGAUUGAUUUGGUGCGCAUUUUUUAUGUGACAAUGUUUUAUAUCUGGGCUUUGUCAAAAAAACAAAAAGUUAAGGGUUUUUUGCAAAACUGUGUCUGCGGAAAACAUCAGUUGCUUGUGAAAGGACACAUUUUACACCUUUCCAUAAGCCUAACCCUCUGGAACUUGGCCACUGCCAUAGUUUUAAUACAAUAUAUAAUUUCUAGACUUGACCAUACAGUAUUGUACUUAAAAAAGACUAUUUUGCAUCUCAAUGUCUACCUCCAUGCACAGCUGGUUUCCCCUUAUACCUUUUGCCGAUCUCCACUACGUACUAUUUUGCUUUUGGUGCCAUCAGGCCCAGCAUACAGGGACAGCACCCCUGAGGUGACAUUAACUCAACAGUGAGGACAAUGCCACCAUCAUGUCAGCUCCCAUCAGCCUCCAUCCCAACCAUGGAGAGGGAGAGGGGGAAAAGGGAGUUUGUAAAAGCCAGAGGCUGGGUCUCUUUAGAAAAGAGGAGAAAGAGAGGAGAGAGAAGAGAAAAUGGAAAACUCACUGCAUGUUUUCCUUCCUCGGGGGAAGGAAAGGCAAAGAGUCACUGUGAAUCUGGGUUUCUCGCUACUGAAUUGUCUGGGUCAUAACUCGGGAGUGUGUGGACCUGUGAGGACACUCCUGUGUUAUUUGUCCACCUCCAGGCACUAUUGCAGGGAAAUCUGUGGAGGCAUUUGCAAGCCUGCAGCUUUAAACAUUACUCAUCUACUCUCUGAAGCCUGGAUAGCAAAAGACAACAUGCAGACCUGCAAGCUGCUGCAGACAAGCAACAGUUCAUUUUAUUUGAAGGGGAAAAAUGUAGCAAUGAUUGAACGUAAAGCAAGAACUUCAGAACUUUUAGAUGUUUAUUUAGAGUGUGUGUAAGGUUUUCCCCUGAAAAACAAAUGGUAGUUAUAAUACAACCACCCACCGAGCAACAAACCACUUUUUGCAGAUAAACAACCUGCAGUGAGUUUGGGUUUCUUUUUCUGUGCUUGUAAGUGGGUCAUGUGAACACAACCUGUUCCAUGUUUAAAAUUUGAACACUUGUUCAUCACCGCUUGCUUGUUGAUUUGGGUUGCUGUGCUUUUGUUAGACUAUUAGUUUUUAUAUGCAAUAGCUGUUUAUCAAUCACAACAUUGUUGUUAGGAACCUACAAUCAUGCAUUUUGUCCACCUAAUAGUUGCUUGUACAUUAAUGUUGUCCUUUUUUUUUUUUUUUAAACACAGCAUUUUCAAGAUUUGUGUAAUGUUUUGUAAAAAAAAAAAAAAAAAAAUGUCUGUUGUGUAACACAAUGUGAGGCUAUGUAAAUUUUGGACACAUUUUGUUGGAAAAAGGGCUUCAUAAAGUAGGUAUUUAUUUCUAAGAAUUUAUUAUAAGCGAUGUCAGAUUCAAACAGAAUUUAUCAUUGCAUCGAACAACAUGAAACACGACUCAUAAAGAGCUCUAAAAUAAAUGCUUGCUUUUGUAAUGUGAAAGUGAUGUGGUUAAAGUAGGCCUUCAGUACUGCAAGUCACAUUAUUCCAGUGGCACGAUUUGAAUAUGGUACAAGACAAAAACCAGAGUGGACAGGGUGUCCAAACAAUUGAUUAGGUUUUUAUUGUGCGACUCUGUAGUUGUGACUGGAAAAUGUGCAGAAGCAUGUAUUAUGGAAAUAGGAAUAGCAAUUAUUUAUAUAGGGAAAGCAGGGAAAAGGCACAAUGCACUUCUGUAGGUUACUAUGAUACAUGUAGCAUUUAAAACUGCUGUACGUGCAGCAAGUAAGAGAAUUAUGAUACAAAGUAACUGCAAUAUGUUGUGGUGAAGGUUAGCGGAUGUAGCAAAAACACAGUGAACUGUACAGUAUUUACCAAAAACCCAGAAAUGUUACAUGGCUGUUUAGUUUCACAGAAAAUACUGAUGCAAUGUUUGAAACAUUUAAAAGAGAAAUAUUAAAGAUUGGAAAAACUACUGCUUUUGGUUUUGUAUCCACCAAAGAUACAGUAUGUCCUUUUUCAUUUUUAACAGGAAAACUGCCAAUAAACAGUUCACGUCUUUAUAUAUAACGUUUGUUCUAGAUGGAAAUUUCUACUCUUUUUAGAGAGAGGGUUCUAUUGGCUCGGCUCACUAAAAAGAGACGGCUCUUUCGGCUCCCAAGUGGCUCUUCAGAUUUUUUGUUGUUCUUAAAUUAGUUUAUUACCAAUUUAUGUGUAUUGUUUAAAAUGAAUUACUAAUGUAAAAAAAAACAUGAUAUCAAAUGCUUAUUAUUUAAAUGGAUUUAUGUAAACCUCAAUGAACAGCUACAAAAAUAUAUUAUAAUAUGAUGUUAUAUUAUCACACAGUCAGGAGAUCGGGAAGACCUGGGUUCGAAUCUCCGCUUGGGCAUCUCUGUGUGGAGUUCGCAUGUUCUCCCCGUGCUCCGGGUACUUCGGUUUCCUCCCACAUUCCAAAAACAUGCAUGUUAGGUUAAUUGGCGACUCGAUAUUGUCCAUAGGUAUGACUGGCUGGCCAGGGUGUACCCCGCCUUUCGCCAGAAGUCAGGCUCCAGCAUACCCCGCGACCCUAAUUAGGACAAGUGGCAUAGAAAAUGGAUGGAUGGAUAAUGUUAUAUUAUAAAACACAAAAACAAAGACCCACCUCAAUAGACAAAUUAGGUCAAAACACGUCAAAUCUCGUCAUGCAAAUUUCUCAUGAACAAAUCGGCUCGAAGAGCACCACAGCGUGUUUAACCCCGCCCCUGCCCCUGCUCAGUGUGGGCAGAGACACCGCCACACUUCAUGACCAAUGACAUUCGUCUUUAACAGAAAAAAAGACGAGGAAAAAAAUAAUUGGCUCCCAACGUCGCGAACCGGCUCCACAUAGUAAAAAAUUAAAGGAAGCAAGGAUGGUAUUUUUUAAGAAGUUAUAUAUAUGUCAAGAAAAAAACUGCAUCUAAACUUUGUGAUAUAGGUGAAAAGCCUAGUUUUAGUAUCAACUUCACUCUUUUUACGCCCCUUUUUUGCUGUUGCUCUUUUUUUCUGUUUUCCAACUAUUUCAACUUUCUUCUUAAAUACAUUUCCCCAAAUAUUUUGACUUUAUUUGCAUUACAGCAUAACUUUUUCCCCAACCUAAUUUUCCAAGAAUUACUUUAUUUUGUUUUCUUUGUUUCUCACGAUAUUACAACAAAGAAAAACUAUUUUUCUUUAAUAUUUCACCUUGAUGCUACUAAAAUGAAAACUUUUCCUACGACGUUAUUCUCGUAAAAUUAUGCCUUUUUCUUGUUAGAUUACAACUUUUUUUUCUCUUAAUAUUUGGAGUUUAUUCUUGUAAAAUUAUUGCUGAAGUUUCCAUUUUUGUUGUUGUUUUUUUGUGUGUGUUUCUUUUCUUGUGAAAAUAUUUUUUUAGAAUGUUCUGCCGGCCAAUAAAAAAAAAACUGGAACACCCCUGUUUUAGGUUCUAUAUACUUUAAAAACCUAGUCCAGGGUCCCGAACAUUUUACAUACAGAAAAAAUUUACUCCUCAGCUAACCCAACACACACGUGCACUACGACUGGACGUGCCUGGAAGGAGCCCACGCAGGCACAGAAGAACAUGCUCGCUUCACAAGGUCUUUUUCAGGAAUGAAAACUGCUCAGAAAACAAUUGCUCAAUUGUAAACUUACACUGACACCUUGUGGCUGUUCUUGAUAUGACCACUGACAAUAC